GCCAAGCUUUCCUAGCCUGACAGCAGCCAUUUCGGAUCGUACGUCCCAGCCCUCUUUAGCUACUUAGCGCCUCUGGGCCCGAGAGCACCUACUCCUUGGCGCAGUCUGGCGCCACCGGCAUCACGGAACCGUACUUCCCAGAGACGUCACACCCGGAGACUUCCGGUUCCCGCUCUUGGGGUUGGACUCUCACGUGCAGGAGCCAGUCCUCGCUGUGCUCUAGCGGGCUUCUGAUGGAGGAGCUACUCCUCUGGGAGGACAGAGCAGGUGGGCUCUGCUGCAGGUCCGGGCAGCGGGUUGUGAGGGCCGAGGUGGCACGGUGUAUGAAGGCCUGUGUUUGAAGACUUAGAAUCUGUCACCAUCCAAAGAUCACGACCCAUGAAAACACUGAGUUUGUGCCUUGUAUCAGAAAGCAAAGGAGAAUGAAAAAGCACAGCUAACAUUGCUUGAGGAUCUAGGCGAUUAAUUCUUUAGACGGUCAUCAUGGGUAUCCGAGGACUAAUGAGUUUUGUGGAAGAUCAUAGUAAUGAGUUCUUCACUGAUUUGAAGUUGCGGGACACAAAAAUUGUCAUUGAUGGUUAUGCUCUUUUCCACCGUCUUUGCUUCAGUUCAAACUUGGAUCUCCGGUAUGGAGGGGACUAUGAUUCUUUUGCAGAUGUUGUACAAAAAUUCUUUGAAUCACUGUUUGCUUGUAAUAUAUGCCCAUAUGUUGUAUUAGAUGGAGGAUGUGACAUUUCAGAUAAAAAGCUUACGACUUUAAAGGAUAGAGCUAGAGAGAAGAUCCAGAUGGCCCAUUCCCUUUCUGUUGGUGGGAGUGGGUAUGUAUGUCCCUUACUCAUCCGGGAAGUAUUCAUACAGGUUUUGAUCAAGCUGCGGGUAUGUUUUGUCCAGUGCUUUUCAGAAGCAGAUCGGGACAUUAUGACACUUGCUAACCAUUGGAAUUGCCCUGUGUUAUCGUCAGAUAGUGACUUUUGCAUUUUUGACGUGAAAACUGGGUUUUGCCCAUUGAAUAGCUUUCAGUGGAGAAAUAUGAACACUAUUAAGGGCACACAAAACUAUAUCCCUGCCAAAUGCUUUUCCCUUGAUGCAUUCUGCCAUCACUUCAGCAAUAUGAAUAAAGCUCUACUACCUCUCUUUGCGGUGCUAUGUGGAAAUGACCAUAUUAAUCUACCCAUCAUGGAGACAUUCUUAAGUAAAGCACGUCUUCCUCUUGGAGCUACCAGUUCUAAAGGGAGGAGACACCACCGAAUCCUGGGACUUCUGAAUUGGUUGUCUCAUUUUGCCAACCCUACCGAAGCACUAGAUAAUGUUCUGAAAUACCUCCCAAAAAAGGAUCGAGAAAAUGUUAAGGAACUUCUCUGCUGUUCCAUGGAAGAAUACCAGCAGUCCCAGGUGAAGCUGCAGGACUUCUUCCAGUAUGGUACUUAUGUCUGUCCAGAUGCCUUGAAUCUUGGUUUACCAGAAUGGGUAUUAGUGGCUUUAGCUAAAGGCCAGCUAUCGCCUUUCAUCAGUGAUGCUUUGGUCCUAAGACGGACCAUUCUUCCCACACAGGUGGAAAACAUGCAGCGACCAAAUGCCCACAGAAUAUCUCAGCCCAUCAGGCAAAUCAUCUAUGGGCUUCUUUUAAAUGCCUCACUACAUCUGGACAAGACAUCCUGGAAUGCAUUGCCUCCUCAGCCUCUAGCUUUCAGUGAAGUGGAAAGGAUUAAUAAAAAUAUCAGAACCUCAAUCCUUGAUGCCGUAGAACCGGCCAAGGAUCAUUCUGACUUAAGCAGAUUGACUGAGCUCUCCCUGAGGAGGCGGCAGAUGCUUCUGUUAGAAACCCUGAAGGUGAAACAGACCAUCCUGGAGCCAAUCCCUACUUCACUGAAGUUGCCCAUUGCUGUCAGUUGCUACUGGUUGCAGCACACUGAGCCCAAAGCAAAGCUACAUCAUCUACAAUCAUUACUGCUCGCAAUGCUAGUGGGGCCCUUGAUUGCCAUAAUCAACAGCCCUGGAAAUGUGGACCCUGUACCCAGGCAGGCUCAGUGCCUUGCUCCUCACUAACUGGUAAAAGGUGGGCCUCCUUUUUAUUACUUUCAAAUUGGUCCAGGUGUUAUUUUAUGCACCCCUGCCCAAACAAAUCUGUAGAAACUUACAGCUAAAAACACGCAACAUUCCUUAUUUCCUAGGAUUGUUGCUUCUUGCCCCUUAUCCUCUACUAUGAAAAGAAAAUGAUUAUUUGCCAAAUUCUCCAAGUC